AUGGCUACUGGGACGCUCUCUCCGACACCUCCGGCUGCAAAAACCACAGUCUUCGAACUGAUACCACCCCGGAAUGGUUUCGGCGAGAAUACGUUCGUCUCCUCUCAUGGAGAAGCUUUGAAACCGGCAGAGCGCGCGUUCUACAAUCGAGAAAGACCUACCAAGGAGAGAAUCCGGUGGGGUUUCAAUCCAGACAAAGAUCCGCGCGUCGGGUCGCUACUACGUUGGGUCGCUGCCAUGUCAAACGGUCUCGCUGAAAUUGGCCUCCAAAGGUUCCUUGACACGAGAGAAAGAGGUGCGCUGUUUGCGAAUGCAGACUACCGCGUUUCUGUUUCCCCUGGCGCACCCCCACAACCCGCUUUUGACUGGGUCACGCUCUCCGAGCUGCAGGACACGCUCGAUUCGACUCUGCAGUCUUCCGUCACAUUGUACGAUCCGGCGUUCCAGGUGAUCGUCUUCGUAUUUCUCCUCUCGCCGUCGGGGAACAGCAUGGCUGUCUGGCGGAGAAAACUCAACGUUCCCGAUGCUAUACGCGAUGCGAACCAGGACGAGAUCCUCGCCGUGAAAGCAGGGCUCAAGACGACGUACCCGGUGUAUGUUGACGAGUAA